AUGGGCCAAGCAAGGCUCCAGGCUCGAGCUACCAAAACCGCGGGCGCGAAUAAGAAUUCCAACAGCAAAGACUCGGAAACCGCUGGGCUCCUAACCGCAUCGCAAUCUCUUCGAUCGUCGAAGGUCUGGAUCGACGCCACAGUAGGAAACGCAGGCGUGGAGAUCCCGAACGAUUCUCGCGCGCAGUUUCGUGGGAUCUACUCGAUCGUCCCAAUCGCCAACUGGCUGGCCGUUCAUCCGCUGCGAGGCAUUACGCACAACCAUCGGGCCGCAGCUCGAGGAAUCCUGCUGCUGCGGGGUAGGCUAGUCUGGGCAGAGAAAGAUAAAUCCAUGCUGAGGCCGCUGGCUAUUAUCGUUACCCCUGAGGGACUCAACUUCGCUCUUCAAUUUUCGGAAAGGCGCCUCAACAUGCUGGACUUUGCCGUGGACCACCUCGUGCGUAGACACGCACGGUCCCAGUCUGACCCAGGCGGGCCGGUCCUGGAUUUCAAGAGCAGCCUCCAGUAG